AUGGCACAGUCGACAGAUGAAAUGUCACUGCAGAUGGUAUCAGCCGUCAGUAACUCAUCCUUGCUUCAGCCGGGCUUCUCUCUCCUGAAUUUUGAUGGGCAUGUUCUCUUUUUUGGGCAGAAAGGAUGGCCAAAGAGAUCCUGCCCCACUGGUGUUUUCCUCCUCGAUAUAAAGCAGAAUGAACUCAAAAUGAAACCUGCCUUCUUCUCUAAAGACUCAUGUUACCUUCCCCCUCUCCGCUACCCUGCUCUUUGCACACUCAGAAGCAAUGCAAAAUCUGAUGAGUACCAGUACAUCAUCCAUGGUGGUAAAACACCUAACAAUGACCUCUCCGAUAAGAUUUACUUUAUAAGUCUGGUAAGCAAAAGUAGCAAGAAAAUGACAUUCCAAUGCAUUGAGAAAGACCUGGGUGGAGAUGUCCCUGAAGCUAGAUAUGGGCAUACAAUUAAUGUAGUUCAUAGCCGGGGAAAAAGCGUGAGUGUUAUAUUUGGAGGGAGAUCGUAUACUCCUCUUGAACAAAGAACCACUGAAAAGUGGAACAGCGUAGUGGACUGUUUGCCAUCUGUGUUUCUUGUUGAUUUUGAGUUUGGAUGCUGUACAUCAUACAUGCUUCCAGAGCUUCAGGAUGGACUUUCUUUCCAUGUUUCAAUUGCCAGAGAUGAUACGAUCUACAUUUUAGGAGGCCAUUCACUUCAAAAUAACACCAGGUGCCCCAACUUAUACAAGCUAAAAGUUGAUCUCCCACUGGGCAGCCCAGCUGUGACCUGCACCAUCUUGCCAGGGGGGAUAUCAGUGUCAAGUGCUAUAGUGACUCAAAUCAGUGAUACUGAAUUUGUCCUUGUCGGUGGCUACCACUCUGACAACCAGAAACGGUUGGUGUGUAACACCAUAGUUCUGGAGGAUAGUAAGAUAGAGAUUGUUGAAAGAGAGAGCCCAGAGUGGACACCAGAUAUUAAACACUGCAAAAUAUGGUUUGGCUGUGAUAUGGGCAAAGGGUCUGUAUUGCUGGGCAUUCCAGGAGCUAACAAACAGUUAAUCUCAGAUGCAAACUACUUCUACAUUUUGAGAUGCAAAGGAGAAGAAGAGGACAAGGAAGAAGAAUUGACAACACAAAUUUGCAGUCAGACAUCAAGUGAAGACCCUGGAGAUUCCACUCCAUUUGAAGAUUCAGAGGAGUUUUGCUUUAGUGCUGAAGCCAGUAGCUUUGACAUUGAUGAUACUAACACUUAUAAUGAGGAUGAUGAAGAAGAUGAAUCAGAAACGGGAUACUGGAUCACCUGCUGUGCCAGUUGCAAUAUUGACAUUAACUCCUGGGUCCCUUUCUAUUCGACAGAACUCAACAAGCCUGCAAUGAUCCUGUGUUCCAGCGGGACAGGCCACUGGGUCCACGCACAAUGUAUGGAUCUCUCAGAGACCAUGCUUCUACGUCUCUCAGAAGCAAAUGUCAAGUACUUCUGCAACAAGCAUGUUGACCUUAAUAAAGGGCUACAAACUCCCCCAAAGGUGGUGCGCCUGAAAAAGCAACCCAUGAAACCAUUGCGCAAAAAGAAAACCAUGAAGUUAGCAACGUCCACAAAAAAGUCCUUUCUUCGAAGAUUGUUUGAAUAG